CUCUUUACUCUGAGGUCGAGGCAGAGACCUGAACCCAGAUAGUCCUCUCUCGUGAGUCCUUCUUCAAUGGUUACAGUCAAGCGCUAUGCACGUGUUCCGGAAAUUUCAGCAAGAGCGAGUCCUGAAGAGAAGCGGAUCACUGAGACAGGGGCGAAGGAGGUAUAAGUUUCCAGGGAGGACUACAAUCGACCGCUGCAAUAACUUGCACUAAAACCACCAUGAGCAUCCAGCAUUCUACCUCCACGUCCAUGCCAGGCGCCUUCCCAAGGGCGGUUCGGUCGUCGUGCCGUCCCCGGAGGAAGAAUUCGGUCACUCAUUCCGUCGCUUCCAGUCGCAGAUCCUCUGUGGUCUCGCAUGGUGACAUAUCCUCCUCCUCCUCCUCUUCCAUCGCCGCCUCGCUCGCCCCCACUCGGCGGAGGAGACGGCGGUCGUCGACCUCCACGUUCGAGUCGUUCACCUCUUCGGAGGAAAAGAUCACUCUGUGGCUUCGGCUCUCGGCAUUCGUGCCAAUGAUGCUCGGGAUAAUCAUGAGCACGCUCUCUGUUCUCAUGAUCACGCUCGUUCCUUCACUGGCACUGCCGCAGCCCCCGGCGCAUGGCCUUGAAGCGUAUGAGGACGAGAUCGUUCCCGAGUCCGCUACCCCCUCCAUGUUCAGCUCCUCCCUGUCCGUGGAGGUACCCGAGAUGUCCAACACUGGAUUCGCCUCGAGUAUCUCUAGCAGGAGGAACUGCAGACCGGAUAUCAGUAUCGGUGGGCACAAAGGCGAAACAUUCUUGUCCUGCCUCCGAUACAAGCGAGCCAUUUUGCGGCUUGCGCGUCCUGUGAGUAUACGACACAAGUCGAAACUCAGUGUUUCAGCCAAAGCAGUCCCUCUCGUUGGCAACGAGAGGGGGCAGGUCUCACAAAAGGGGCCUGUGCUUCCGCGCAAGUCCUUGCUCCGCCUUCGUUCCAUCUUCCGGAUCAGGAGGGAAAGAAAGUCGUCGGACAAGGUCUCGUUUGUGGGUCGGUGAUAUGUCUUGCAUUGGCUCGACAACUCGUCCCAUUAUAUCAUGCUGUACUGUUCAUACCCUCCCUAUUCAUUUUUUUUAUUGUCUCGGAUCAGUGGACAAUGGACAUAUUCUUGUGAAAUUAAAACAUUCUGGACAAUUUGUCGAGGAGACUCGAUGAGAAAGCAGAAUAAGAAGAGUCAUGAGCGUUGGCUUUACCGAGAUCCCUGAGAAUAAAAAG